UUUCUUGGCUGUGAUGAAUUAUGACGAAUUCCCAAUUUUUUAUUUUAUUAUUUUUUGUGUAUUUAUUUAUUAAUUUUAAAAUCAUUAUAAUGGCAAAUUGAAGUCAUUGAAGCCGUGAUUAUUGUUUUCAAGGCAACCAGCUACGGUGGAAGAUAGAACGAGUUAUGCGUUUGGUAUGAUGGAAUCCUUAGAUCCUAGUUACUGGGAUUUUCUCGAUUAUUCACUCAUUGACGAUUCUCAAUCCGCCAAUUUUCUCUGGGCCGAUCAAAGUGUUGGUGAAAAAAUCGAUUUUUCGGUUGAUUGUGGCGGUGCUCCACAGAAUAAGGAAGAAACAGGGUUAACGCGCAAGAGGGGACGCAGUGAUUCUUGCAGCAGGCCAGGGACCAAAGCUUGCCGUGAGAAAUUGCGAAGAGAGAAAUUGAAUGACAGGUUUCUGGAUUUGAGCUCUGUUUUAGAACCUGGGAAACCAAUUAAAACCGACAAACCAGCUAUUCUUGAUGAUGCCAUGCGAGUUUUGAACCAAUUAAAAAAUGAAGCACAGGAGCUUAGAGAAACAAAUGAAAAGUUACUGGAAGAAAUAAAAAGUUUAAAGGCAGAGAAGACUGAGCUUCGGGAAGAGAAACUUGUACUAAAAGCAGAUAAAGAAAGGAUGGAACAGCAAUUGAAAGCUUCAACUAUUCCACCUUCUGGAUUUAUGCCUGCCCAUCCAGCUGCAUAUCAAAACAAGAUGCCUAUAUAUCCCAGUUAUGGUCUGAUUCCUAUGUGGCACUAUUUACCUCCAUCUGCUCGUGAUACAUCCCGUGAUCAUGAGCUGAGGCCACCUGCUGCCUAGGUGGGGCCUUUUGAUUGCGACUAUUUGAAAGUUUAGAAACUUUCUUUUACAGUCAUCAAACACUUCCAUUGCUUGUAGACCUGUAAAUAUUGCUGCUGUUUAGUUUUGCCUGAUUUUUAACAAAUGUGGUGGCAAAUGCACGGCAGAAUUGACUAGAAAUGUAGCUAGAUGGCAACAUUUUUUGGGAAUAAAUUGUUUUUGUUAGCUCUUCA